AUGGGUAUGGGAAUUGAGAGCUUUUGUUUGGUGGCGUUUGGUAUGUCUCUGAUUUUUUCAUGUCUCUGCUUAGGUAAAGGAGGAAAUGUCAGUAUGAAAGCGAGAACAGAGCAAACUGGCUGCAAUAUGUUCGAAGGGAGUUGGGUUUACGACGAUUCAUAUCCUCUUUACGACUCAUUGGCAUGUCCACAUAUUCGCAAGGAAUUCGAUUGCUUAAAGUAUGGUCGCCCGGAUCAUCAAUACCUUAAAUAUCGCUGGCAGCCUAACGAAUGUGACUUGCCAAGAUUUGACGGUCAAGAUUUCUUAAGGAGAUUUAUGGGCAAGAAAAUCAUGUUUAUUGGAGACUCAGUGAGUCUUAAUCACUGGCAAUCACUUGUAUGCCUUCUGCAUUCUGUUGUGCCUCAAUCAAAUAUCACACGGGAGACAAAUAAUGACACAACCACUACAUUCACAUUUCAGGAUUAUGGAGUUUCAGUGACAAUUUUUCAUUCUUUAUACUUGGUAGAUAUUGACUUGGAAGAGAUUGGUCGAGUUCUAAAACUCAAUUCUCUUAAAAAUGGAGAUGUAUGGAAAAAUUAUGACAUUUUGAUCUUCAACACUUGGCUUUGGUGGUAUCGCAAAGGAAUCAAACAACCAUGGGACUAUAUUCAAGAAGGUGACACUAUUUACAAGGACAUGGACCGUAUGUCUGCUUUUCGUAAAGGUCUAGAGACAUGGGCGAAAUGGGUUGAUUCAGAUAUAAAUCCUGAAAAAACUGAAGUUUUCUUUCAAGGAAUAUCUCCUUCUCAUUACAAUGGCACGGAGUGGGACGAGCCGGGAGUGACGAAUUGCUUGAAAGAAACAGUGCCUAUAAAUGGAUCAACUUACCCAAGUGGUUUGCCUCCAGCAACAACAGUUGUGAAAGAAGUCUUAAACAAUGUAUCAAAUCCAGUCUAUUUACUUGACAUAACUACUCUUUCACAACUGAGAAAAGAUGCACAUCCUGCUAUUUACAGUGGGAUCGGAGGCAUGGACUGCACACAUUGGUGUGUUGCUGGGCUUCCAGACACAUGGAAUCAGCUUCUAUAUGCAGCUCUCAUAUGA